UUGCUCAAAAAGACAACUUAUCUACUAUUUGUCACUCAAAAGCCAGUUUUAUGUUUCUGCUUUGCUACGUCGGAUUACUCCUUCCCCUCCAGAUUUAUGACUUUCUGAACAUAUGAUCUUGAAGAGACGUUCUUUUCACAGAUCUGUUCAAAAAGACGGACUCAAUAUACUGGUAGUUCUUUUUCAGAUUUUUUUCAUAAGUUACUCAUUUUCAUCAAGGAAAUAAUCACUGGCAGCAGUUUUAAGAUACCGGUAUUUGAAUCUGAGUAGUUAAAAAUGUUUUGACCAAUUUAUACGACAUCUGUUGAAAAUAUUCUAAAACAAUACUUAUAAUUUGAUUUGAGUUGCUUUAAUAGUAAACUUUUCCUAUGGUGGUACCUUAACCCCAAGCUCUUAAACUGAUUUGUUUCCCCUCACCUAAGAAACUUUGUGGCACAAUAAAAACUACACAGGCUACAAAUACCCUCCAUGCAAAUCAACUUGGCUGUAAAUGCAUUUUAACAAUGCGGGGAAAAUAUAGUCUACAAUUAAUACAUCAAGAACACUCUUGUGUAUGAAAAAAAUUGAAAUAAAACUAAAAUAAAAAUAUGUGCAAUAUAUAAAUGUGAAUGUCAAAUGGUGAACACUUAAGCUAGACUACUUUUAACAAAUCCAUUUAAGGCUGAAACGACGCGUCGACGUAGUCGACGUCAUCGGUUACGUAAAUACGUCGACGUCAUUUUUGUGCGUCGACGCGUCGCAUAUUUACGUCACACCACUGUCAUGGCGGAGCGCAGAGCAAACGAUGCGAGCGAGGGGAUAAAAACACGCCAAAAGUCGUCAAAAGUGUGGGAGUAUUUUAAUAAACGGCCUAAUAAUGUUGUUUUAUGCACACUGUGUCGAGCGGAAAUGGCGUAUCACAGCAGCACAACGGCUAUGAACGAGCAUCUAAAAAGAAAACAUCCGACAGCGUUCUUCCCAUCACCAUCAACGAGUCAAUCAUCCGCCAAACGACAAAGCAGUGUCCAGGAUUUUUUUCCAAAGAGGCAUGGGACUGAAUGCACACCCCAAGUGGCCGCUGACCUGACUGAUGGUGUCCUGGAAAUGAUGGUCAUAGACAUGAGGCCAUUAAAUAUGGUAGAAGGGGAAGGGUUUCAAAAAAUGAUCAAACGGUUUCACUCUGGCUACACACUACCAUCAAGAACCCACUUCACUAAGCUUAUGGAGCAAAAAUACACAAAGAAAAUGAAUGAAGUCAAAGCAAUCCUGAAAAAUGUGAAAGGAAAACUGACACUCACAACUGAUGCAUGGACAAGUAUGGCCACGGAAGCUUACCUUGGUGUCACCAUUCACUUUGUUAAUGAUGAGUGGGAGCUUGCCUCAAUUAACUUGACAACAAUGCCCCUCAAUGAAAAGCACACUGCAGAAAACAUUGCCUCUUGGAUUGAGGAUGUUGUCAAUAAGUUUGAAAUAAACAUAAAACUAGUACAAGUCAUUGUACAUGACAAUGCUGCAAAUGUUGUUGCAGCUUUAAGAGUUCUUGAGGAAAGACAUGGUGUUUCAUCCCUCAGAUGUGUUGGCGAUACUCUACAGCUUGUAGUUAACCAUGCUCUAAAGGACAACCACAUCAGCAGAGCUUUAGGAGCAGCAAGAAGUUUGGUCGAGCACUUCAGAAAAAGUGAGCUAUCCAGUACAAAACUAAAGGUUAAGCAAAAACAAAUGGGUUCUCCAGACCACAGCCUCAUACAAGAUGUGUCUGUGAGAUGGAACAGUUCCUUUUACAUGAUUAGUCGCCUGCUUGAGCAGAGGUGGCCAAUAACAGCAACUCUGUCAGAUCCGGAGGUCACUCAAAGAGGGAAGCAUUUUCUGGAUCUUAAGGCUGACCAGUGGAGCUUGCUUGAAGAACUUGAACAAGUUCUGAAACCUUUUGAAUGUGCAACUGUGUACCUGAGUGGAGAAUCUUAUGUAACAGUUUCCGCUGUCCCUCUGCUGGUCAAAGGGCUUCUUAAGGCUACACAAACUGCUUUUGAAAAUGCAUCAAUCAAGUGUUUCCAGGUCACUGCUGCACGUGAGAUAACAUCCAGGUGGGAAGCCGAGACCACAUUCAAAGAUGAUGGACCAAAUGUGUGCAUAUUAGCAGCUGCACUUGACCCACGAUUCAGGAAGCUGAAAUUCCUGACUGCAGAUGAGUGUUUAAAAGUUCAAUACAAGCUGCAUGCAAUAGUUCUGGAGGAGAAAAGAAGGGAAAAGGAGACACACGCUCAACAGGGCACAGCAAUGCAAGUGGAAAGACCAGAUGCUGACAGGCGGCCUGUAUCUUUACUAGACACACUUCUUGGCUCAGAUUCAGAUGAACUCAGCAACAAUGAGGAAGACAACAAUGACAGUAAUGAUGCUGAAAUGGUCAGAAACGAGUUAGUGUCUUAUUUUGGAGAAUCCCCCAUUUCCAAGGAUGAAAACCCAUUAAAAUGGUGGAAAGAACAUCAGGCAAGGUUUCCAAAUCUGGCAAUGCUGGCUCGGUCUUACCUCUCAGUUCCAGCCACAUCGACCCCUUCUGAGCGCCUAUUUUCAGCUGCUGGGAAUAUUGUAAACAAGAAAAGAACCAGCCUCACCCCAGAGCAUGUAGACAUGCUAACCUUUCUUCAUUACAACUGUUAGUCACUCACUGGAAUGAGUAGAAUUGGUUAUAGUGUACUGUGUUGGACUGGAUGUUUAUUUUGCACAUUUUAAAAGCAAUACUUAAUGUUUACAGUGCUCCAGAAUAUUUAGAUUGGCACAAAUGUUUACAGUGUUACAGAAUGUUUUGCCAUGUUUUCAAUGUUGACUGAGUGGCCAUACUUUUUUUUUUUUUUGUAAAUAAAAGCCAUGCCUUUUGAAAAAACUGGCCUAAAUUUAUUUUUUUCAUCUUCAUUUUAAAUUAAAAAAAAUAAUCGGUAAAAGGAAAAAUAAUCUAUAGAUUAAUCAAAAAAAUAAUCUAUAGAUUAACCGAUUAAUCGAAAAAAAAUAUCUAUAGAUUAAUCGAUAGAAAAAUAAUCGUUAGCUGCAGCCCUAAAUCCAUUACAAAACAAUCAACUAGAAAAGUGCAGUUUCCUUUGACUCUUAGUCAAUUUGUGUUUUGUUUUUCUGUUCGUGUGACUGCAGUCCAAGUCAGGUGUCGUACAUAUGAAGGCAGCGUGGGCAGUUUGCAUUUAAAAACUGCUCCCAAACAAACGGCCCUCGCUGCUUCAAAUUGGUAUUAGUUCACGUCAAACAGCCAUUCAAAUGAAUGUCACACCUCCUAGUAGCCUGACUUGCACCGCCAAAAGAAUCUAACCUAGCUUUGCAUUUAGUACGCAAGUUCUUGUUCAUACGACUUAUUCAGAGGGCGCACAGACCACCUUUACAAUGUUAAUUCCUG